GGAUUUUCAUUGAAAGCAGUUGAAGAUGCUUUUAUAACAACUUACAGGAUAGUUCAACUAAGCGAAGGGAAAUAGAAGGGACCUCGCAAAGCUGUCACCGACGUCCAUAUAUGAUCUAGCACCGCCACUGAUUGAACAAUUGAUAGAUACGAGUUAUCAUCAUAGCAGCUCGAAAAGCGUCCACAGACGGAAAAUCAAGAGUCGAUUGAACUACUUUUUAACUCAUUUGGCUUACACAGAGUAAGGUGACGUGUCCGCCCUACAAUAACCGGAGGUUCGCAACAUCCUGAGAACUCCGCGAGCCAUGAUAUGCUCAGGACAACAAAAUGGGCAUCCUCCAUAUGCGUCAAACAAGGAGAGCAUGCAUUGUGUACGUUCAGCUAUCAGAGGGUUUUCUCCCAGACCCUUGUCAUUCUCACGCCCGGUGUAUUUCUGCUACUGGACGGAGAACUGAUAAGGGCUUGUGGGAAACUGAACCACAACGCAUUUGGAGCGAAUUAGUAAUGAUAUGGAAUUGUAUACACGGAUAUUUUCGCUGUAUGAUAAACUAGUAAAUAUGA